GGCGAAAUAUCAGUUUAAAAAUUGCAUUACACAACAGCAAUCAACUAUCAAAACAAAUACAUAACGUAAAAAGAUGGUUAACCCGCAAGUAUUUCCCCAAGAGAAGCAGUCUUGCUUUCCUAACCCUCGGAACCCAGAUCUAAAGAUGCAAAGCGUUAUAGCCCCUGGUGCCGACUGGGGAUCGUCUGCCCAUCGUUUUCCAAACUAUGUGGACGGUGAAGCCACGUGGCCCGCUCAGUUGCUGGCUGACAUACCUGGUCGUUGCACCACGUACGAGAGCUUCCAAACUACAGUUGCCGAGAAUCCUGACCGACCAUAUCUAGGCGAACGCAAGGUUGUGCACAAUGAAGAUGGUAGCACAAGCGUCGGAGACUACGAGUUCAUCAAUUUCUUAGAGGCAAGCGAUACUGCUACGCUGAUCGGUUCUGGACUAAAAAGCCUUGGUAUUAGCAAAAACCAGACCGUUGGAUUAUACUCCAAAAAUCGAAAGGAAUAG